AUGUAUCACUCACUCAUUAUCACACUCAUUUCAAUCAUCACCCUCCUCCCCUCCACAUACGCCUCAGACCCAGAAACCAUCCCAGGCUUCUCCGUAGUCUGGUCCGACUCCUUCAGCGGCUCCUCCAUCGACUCCUCAAAAUGGACCACCUACACGGGCUCCGUCUACAACAAAGAACAACAAAAAUACACCACCUCUUCCAGUAACUGCGCCCUCUCAGGCAGCGGCACCCUCCUCAUCACUCCUCAAAAAGACUCCUCCGGCGCCUGGACAUCCUGCAAACUCGAGUCCAAACCCGCCUUCGCCGCCGACGCCGGCGGCCAGAUAAUCGUACAAUCACGCUUCAAGCUAGGCCGUCCCGGCGCGCAACUCCAGGGGAUCUGGCCCGCGUUCUGGAGUCUCGGCCAGGUGAUGCGUGAAGGCGUAGGCUGGCCUCAAUGCGGCGAAAUCGACACCUUUGAGAACAUCAACGGGAGCCCGCUAGGGCUUGGAACGAUCCAUUGCGGUGCUGCGUGUAAUGAUCCAACCGGUCUAUCCCAGGGUAUCGCGUUUGAUUACGGGAAUUUCCAUACCUGGGCGCAUGCCAUUGAUCUCAGAAGCGGGGAUUGGACGCAGCAGAGUAUCACUUGGUAUAUGGAUGGACAGGCGUACAAUUUCAAGAAGGGGAGUGAUGUGGGUGAUGAGGCGGCUUGGGGGGCGUUGGCGCAGAAGGCUAUGUAUAUGCAGCUUAAUGUGGCGGUUGGGGGGGAGUGGCCGGGAAAUGCGGCGGCGGAUACGGUUAGCGGUGCGGAUGCGGGGAUGGAGGUGUUGUAUGUUGGGGUUUAUAAGUCGAAUUGA